AUGAAAGACUUUUUAAAUAGAAUCCUUAGUGAUUCUUAUAAUUUUAAUAAACUAGAUCGAGUUCUAGAGCUAAAAUUAGUGGAUAUUCAGGAGAAAUAUGAAAGUGGUCGGAAGGUUGAGGAUUUGCUGAUUUUUAGGGAGGAACUGUCCAGGGUUCGGGAGCUCCUUCUCAGUGAGGACCUGUGUAAAAUAUACAAAAGCUGCAAAAUAACUUCAUUUCUGCUGAGCUACUCCUUUUUGCACCAUAGAGCUCUCAUACAUCAGUCCUCCGCUUCCAAUGUGCCCAGCGAGGACUCACACAGGGGCUCUAAGGAGGAGAGCCAUAACCCUAGCAGGGAAGAUCGGGUAUAUCGCAUCAGUGACGAGUGGAAUAAGUUCAUUGGGGAAUUGACGAACACCGCCUUGGAUUCAACAGGCUCACACAUUGACAACGCCUUGGUUGGCUCUCAUCUGGUUUCCUUGCUCCACGACUUGACCCUCUAUCUGACUCAUAAACAGUUUAACAGGGCCUAUAAAACCCUGGUAACAACUCUUUACGGGGGCGUUGUUAAGUUUUCGAAUUCUCUGAGCUAUGGUGGCAACCUGGGUGAACUCAACGACAAGUUAAACGAGGUGAUCUUGACGAUUCUGAGCUACUAUCACUCCACAAAUCAACUACUAAAUGAGCACAUCGACCAGAUUGAGAAACUGUGCAGCACCAGCACUAUCAGUAGUGCCACUAGGGCUUCUAAUCUCUCGGAUAGGGCCUACAAGGGGGAACGAAACUGGGUGAAGGGGGCAUACGACUUAAUGUUGAAGGCAAACAAUAACUAUUUAACGAGUCGUUUGAACAGUCUGGACUCUGUGGAUGUGCCAUUUUUGACAUAUGCGCUCAGUGUCGCCGGCUCCAGGGGUAGCACCACUUGUUCUGGGGACGCCACUGACCUGAAUCUGUUUAAUAUUUACCAGCUAAUCGUUAAGCUGAUAAGGGGACUUGAAAAGAGCACAAAUAUUGCCAGCGGUUCAAGAGGUGCCGGUAUUUCUGGAACUAUUGGCACUGGUAUUCUGGAAACAUCCCACAAGGCCGUGCAACUGUUUGAUUUACUCAACUCAGUGGUCGGACUUCUGAACAAGGACCUCGUCCUGCUCCACCUGAAUAAGGUGGCAGAAAUCGUCAACCUGCUCUUUCAAUCUCGGUUCAUUUUGGAAAAUCACUCGGGGCAUUUGCUGGAGCUACUUAAGAGCCUGACUGACUACUGUGUCAACUUCAGGUCCCUCAUCAACUUUAAGCUUUUGGCCGACCUUGUUGAGGCUGCAACUAGUAACGCUGCGCCUGAGGACACUCAGAAUCUUCACAGAAUCCCUGUGGAUUCCUUCAGGCUAUUUGCUUACUUAAUUGACGAGGGCAGUUUGGAAUCCUGGGUGGGAAGGCUAAUGUACGACGACCGGGUAAACUCGGUUCUGUUCGACCAGUAUCUUUCGAAUAUCCUGACACGCAGCGCGGACUUUGACCACUCUUUGCUCCUGAGGGUCUACGGCGUGGUCAGAAAAGCUGGGAAUAAUGGGCUGAUCGGCCAGUUACAGUUCCUACUAUCGCAUUAA